AUGCAAGUUUGGACACAUGAACUUGAUACACAUUUGGUUCAAACAGAAGAUAGAGCACAACUUGAAAAAAUAGAACAACAAAUUUUGCAUGAAUAUAAUGAAAUUAAAGCAGAAAUUGAAGAUAAUGAAUUAAGAUAUAAUCUUACAUUUACUCGUCCAUUUAGUUCUUAUCUUAUACCAAAAGAUCCUGGACAUUUAGGACGUGAACGUCGUCUAUAUUUGGAACGUCUUGCACAUGUUCGAACUGUUCCUGAUGUAGUUCUUUUAUGUGAUGAAUUUCAAAAUGAAUUAAAUACAUGUACAUCAAUGAAUAGUGAUUAUACACCUGAAUCUUUACCAUUAUUAUUACAAGCAUUUUAUUUAAAAAGAUUAUCUUCAUUAACAUAUGCUAAAACUUUACAUAGUAUUCGAUGGAAACGUUUUUGUCGACAACAAAUACAAUUCAUACAAGUUGAACAACAAUUUAAUGAAAGAUCAGCUAGAAUUUUAGCAGAAUUUAAUGAUGCUCUUCAACGAUCACAACGAUUGAGUACAAUAAGAGAAACAUUAUUAGGACCACCACCAGUUGUAUCAUCAAAAAAUAUAAAUCAGCCACUUAUAAAUGAUGAUUAUGUUGCUUAUGUACGUUAUCUUGUCUGUCAAUAUCGUGGACAAAGAUAUAUGGAUCAAUUAUCUGAAUUAAUUCGUAUAUUACAUUUAAAAUUUCGUACACGUCAUUCAUCUGAUACUCAAACAUUAACAAUUAAUCUUCAAUCACCAAUAUCACCAUAUCAAACAACAACAGCUUUAUAUCAUAUACCAACAAUUGAACUUGAUCAAAAACAAACACUUGAAAAACUUAAUAUACUUUUUCAUUAUUAUUCAUUACCAUUAGAUACAUCAAAAAUUCAUACAUCAGGUGAUGAAAUGGAAUUAUAUGCAAAUAUAAUUCGACAUUAUCGUAUUAUUUUUUUUGAACAAGAAAAACGACGACCUAAUAUUUUAUAUGAAUCAGCUAAACCAAAAAUAAUUGCACAAUCACGACAAUCAUCAAAUUGUCAAUUAAUUAAAAAAUCUUUAUGGAUUAAUUUUAUUACAAUAAAACCUGAAUGUGAUUCACAACAUGAACGUGAUUAUUGGAAAUAUAUAAAAGGUGGAAAAAAUGAUGAAUUAUUAAUGAGAAUAGUAGAAUUUUUACAUGUUAGAAAUGCUGAUAAAGUAGCUAAUAUACUUAAACAAUAUUUACUUGCUAUUAAAGUUAAAAAAAGUACAGCAUUAAAACAAAUUUUAGAAAAUUCAACAACAAAUACAACUCAAGCAACAGCUGUGACUGAUAUUUUUUGGAAAAAUAUUUUUGAUAUUAAUUCAACAAAUGGAACAAAUCAAGGUGAUGAUCAAGAUGAUGAUAAUAAUGAUAAUGAUGAAUUACCAGAUACACAUGAUUUUCGUGAUACAUCUAAUCGUUCUGCUCAUUAUAUGAAACGUGAUGAAUUUAAUUAUUUGGAAACAUUACAAAAACUUGGUCUUGAUGAUACAAUAGGUCAAGAUCGUAAUAGUGAUACAGAAAAUAAUGAUGCAUCUGAAUCUUAUGGUUUACAAUUAUCAUAUAUAACACUUCGUUUACUUCGUGUACGUACAUUACGUGAUCGUUGUUUACAUGAAUUUAAUUAUUUUCGUUCCAUACAACGUACAUUAACUAUAUAUGAACAACGUUUAAUAAUGACAUCAAAAGGUAAAGAAUUUCAUUCUAUUGAUCAACGUUUUAGUCAUUAUAUACCACAUACAUAUUUAUUUGAUACACCACAUGAAUGUACAUUUGAUAUAUUAAAUUAUAUGCAAUCAGGUGAACAUAUUGAUAAUAUUGAAGAUUAUGCACAUGAAGAUAUAAUAGAUAAUGAUGGUUCAAUUGUAUAUGUACAAGAUUCAAGUGGUUUACAUAUAAUAUAUGAUUGUGCAUUUGAUGAUAUUAAUGAACUUGAACAAGAAAUAAUUUCUAUAGGUUCAUAUUUUAUUGAAAAAUCAUGUUUAAAAAAUGAAAAAGAUAAUGAUUAUCAAAGAAAAAUUGAUCGUUUUGAAAUACUUUAUAAUUUAUGGGAAUAUGAAUUAAAUUAUUUACAAUAUAAACGUAAAAUAAUUGAUUGUUUUUAUGAAGUUUAUCAACAUACAUUUGAUCAUGAUGAACGUCAUAUUAUAUCACAAAUAAUAAUUAAUAUAAUGUCACGUCGUCCACGUAUUGAUUUUCGUAAUGAUGAUUAUUUUUCUCAUUCAUAUUCAUUAGAAAUUCAUUUACUUAAACAAUAUUUAUCUUUAAUUCGUGAAUAUAUUAAUCGACAUAUAAUAGAUAUACGUCAAAUAACUGAAAAUCUUUUUGAUUCAAAUGAUUAUGGUUCAUAUUUUUCUUCAUUACGUUCACAAUCAUCACCACCAAUUUAUUUAAGUGUAUCAAAAAUUCAUAGUUAUUAUUUAUUUGAAUUUAUUGAAUCACUUUCAUCAUUAACACGUUUACCAUAUUUAUUAAAACAAUCAUUAAAUGAAUUUAUUGAAUUUGAACAAUUACAACAUCAAAUAAAUCUUUCAUUAACUGAUAAAAUUCUUUAUGAAAUUGAAUAUUUUGAUGAAAUUUUAUUAAUUUAUAAACAACUUGAACAACCAGGUGGAAUGUAUGCAUUAAAUCAACAACGUGAUAUAUUUAAUACAUUAUAUAGUGAUCAUCCAACAAUGAUGGGUAAAUUUGCAUAUGAAAUUUUAAAACAAAUUGAUGAAAGUCGAACAACAAAAAAAGAACAAUAUGAAAAAUUUAUUAAAUUAAAUAUAAAUUUAAUUGAAUUAAUAACAUUACGUUAUCGUUUAAUACAUUCAGCAAAUCAAUGUGAAUUAUUAACAAAAAUUUAUAAACAACAACUUGAUAUUAUGUCAAUUGAUCAAUCACAUUUAUUUUUACGUUAUGUACAAUUUGAAUUUGCACAACCAAGAAAUUUAUCAACAACAGAUAAUGAUUAUGAUAAUGAAUCAAGUCAUAUAGCUGAUGGUCGUUUAGAUAAAAUAACUGGACAACAAUAUUUAUUAUUUGCUGCACAAGAACUUGAUGAAAGUUCAAUUGGACGAAUAAGUUUUAGACAAAAAGAUCAAUGGUUAACAUUAAUUAAUGAUGCUGAUGAUGCUAUUAAUAAUUUAAAAAUUGCAUUAAGAUUACAAUUUAUGCAUAAUCAUUUUGUUUAUACAGCUAUUCUUCAACAUCGAAUAGCUAUUAUAUGUAUUACACAACAAUUACAAACUAUUAAAGUUGAUGGAAGAUCCGAACAAACAAAAACUCCACCAACAGGAAAACGACAAAUUUCAAGUACUACAAAACAAACUGAUCAACCAAAUACACUUCUUAAUAAUGUUCUUUAUGAAAAUGCACGUCGAAAAAUUUUUCGUGAUAAUUAUUUUAUUUCAAUUCAAUUUGAAAAAACUCCAUGUCGUGAUCGUAUACUUAAUGAAUUUCUUCGUAAACGUGAAUUAAAACCAUUACAAUAUCAACAACCACGUGAAGUUGAAAAAUUAAAACGUUCAUUAUUAAAUGAUUUUAUUGAUCGUGUACAUCAACGUAAUACACUUAUACUUAUACGUUUACAAAUAAUUCAAUCAUAUUUAAGUUUAACUUAUCUUAUAAAUCAAUUUCCAUUAACAAGUCGAACACAUUUUAUAUGGUCAAAACCAAUUCCACCACCAUUACCAACAACAACAGUAACAUCAUCAUCAUCAUCAAAUGAUCAAAAUGAUUCAGCUACUUCAUCACCUGUUUCAACAAAUACAUUAACUACGAAUGGUUAUCAAUAUCGACCGAAAAUGAUGGUCAAUGAAAAUGGUACAGAUCUUGCUAAUCUUUGGUAUAUUCCAUCAUUUAUUGAACAAUUAACAAUGUUUAAAAAUGCUAAACUUAAUAUUGAUGAAUUACAACAACGUUUACGAAAUGUUUUACGUAUUGUAUCAUCUCUUAAUGAUCUUAUACAUAUUGUUGUUGCUUAUGCACAAUUAAAUAAUGCAACAGCAAAUGCUGAUCAAAGAUUUAAUGAUCGAACUAAUGAUUUAUCAACAUUUGAUCAAAGUGGAGAAUUUGCAUCUGAAUUACAUGAAAUUCAACGUGAAAUUGAUUUAUCACCAUCAUUAUCAUUAUCAAAAAUAGCAGAUUUAUUAGAAACAAAAAGACGUUUAACAAUAUUUCAAAUUUAUUUUUCUAUAUCAUAUCUUAUACCAAAUUAUUUUCUUAAUAGAAAAAAUCAAUUAGCAUUUAAUCUUGUUUAUUCACGUUCAAAACCAAUUUUAAAACAAUUUAUAAGUAAUUAUGAUCAUUUACGACCUAUUUAUUUAAUUUUACCUGAUCCAUUAUUACCUGUACAAACUUCAGCUAAAAGAUUUUAUCCAUGGACAGUACAUGAAUAUCAAUAUAAUAUAAAUUCUAGAAGACUUUGGUGGCCAAAAUAUACUUUAAUUGAUCUUAUACAUGUAUGUUUAAUUGGUUUAAAAUCAUCAGAAUUAACAUUAGCAAAUGCAGAAUUAAUUUCAACUCAUGUUAUGUUACAAAAUAUUGAUGAAGUUAUUAAACAAAGAACAGCAAUGAAUAAUAUUGGAACUAUUCUACGUCAAAACGAGAUCGCUACAGGUGAUCAUCUUUGGAAAUAUUUACGUCUUGAAAUUUAUAUUAUUGAAUGUAUUCGUCUUGAACUUGUUCGAAAUGCUUGGAGUAUAACAAAAUUAAAUGUACUUUCAAUAGAUACAAUAAGAACAUUUGAUGAUGCAUUGUCUAGUUUUCGUGAUGAAAUUCGUAGUCCUGUUUUAAGACAAUUAGCAACAAAUGUUGGAUAUAGUAAUUUUUAUAAUGAUUUUCCAACAGCUCUAAUUACAGGACAAUUAGCACCAAUUGUAACUGAAUAUGAAUGUAAACAAGCAUUAAUAUCAAGAAUAUUAAUUGAACUUGAAGGAAAAUUUAUGAUGAAUGAUACAUUAAAACGUUUUAAACGAGAACGAACAUUAGUUUUAUCUGAACGACUUCGAGAAGAAAAUAGUCUUCCAACUGAUUUAUGGAAAAAACAACAAUUUACAGAAAAUUUUUCCGUUUUACGACCACAUAUUUUAGAUGAUUUUGCAAAAUUAUUAUCACAUUAUGAAUGUAAAGAUGAACAAUUAACAUUAAAUUCGACUGUUACAACUGAAGAAGCUGGAGAUAUUGAUAGUACAAUAAUUUCAUCAACUCUUUCAAAUUCACCUCGAACUUCAGAUAUUUAUUGUAUACGUCGAAGUGAUUUAGAAUUAUGUUUAAAAGAAAUUGGUAAUCGUAUAAUGCAACGUGAACGUGAUAAUUAUACAAAUUAUAGUUUUUAUUAUGAAAGUCUUAUUCAUAAUGCUCGUCAAUUAAUUGGUUUACGUGAAAAUGAAAUAAAAUCUUUACGUUCACAACUUCAAGAUCAACAAUUUACUAUUGAACUUGAAUCACAUUUAUUAACAUUAUCAACUUAUUUUGAUUUAAUAACUGAAUUAAUACAUCUUCGUUUAAUAAAUGCUCAAUUAAAAAAUGAUAAACAACUUCGUUUUGAUAAAGAAUUAAAUCAUAUACGUGAUCAUUUUCAAUCAAUUAAUGAAAAAUUAUUAAAUACAAAUUUAUUACUUCGUACAAGAUUUGAACAAUAUCGUGAACAAUUAUAUAAUAGUACAAUAAAAAUAAUUAAAGAAAUACGUACAGAAAUUUAUAAAAUGGCACAUGCUAAAUUAACAUCCGAUGCUAAAUCAAUAAUUGAUCAACAAAAUACAGAACAAACAAAACUUAUACAUAGUUUACAAGAUCAAAUUCAUUUAAAUCAAGAAAAACAAACAAAUGAAAUAUAUCAACGUGAAUGUAAAUGGCAUAAAGAACAAAUUGAAUUAGAAAAAACUAUAGGACAAUUACAAUAUGAAUUAAAUCGUUAUCAAAAACGUUAUAUUUAUAAAACAACACAACAAAUUGAAGAAAUUCAAACAUUAAAAAAAGCAAAUAAUUAUUUACGAAAACGUAUAUUAACAAAUGAAAAUCAUUAUAAAAAAAUAUUUGAAACAGAAAAUAAAUCUGAAAAUAAAGCUAAUCUUGAACGUGAUGAUGAUUUACGUCAAGCAUUAAAUCAAAAACAAAUUAUUGAAACAAGAUUACGUUGGAUGCAAGAUCAAAGUAAUCAAUUAGUAUUAAGAGAUCAUGAACUUGAAAAGAAAACAAAUGACUAUGAACGUGAAAAUCGUGCUAUGCGUUUAGAACAAACAUAUGUUAAACGUAAUUUAUUACAAACAAAGAAAAAACUUGAACAAGAACGUUCACUUAAAAUUGAUGCUUUUCAACAAGUAGAAGUAUUAAGAACAAAUUUAAAUGAAAUUGAAGAAGAACUUGAACAAGUUACUUUAAAUGAUGGAGCAGCUAGCUUAGUAUCAGCAUCUAUUGUACCACCACCUUCACGUAUAAUAGCAUCAUCACGAUCAAUAACGCCUUAUCAAACAAUUUUGACACGUAAUCGUCCUAUGACAUCAAUUGCACCAUAUCAACGUGAUAAACAACGUUUUACAAAUUCACGUUUACGUUGUUAUUCAACAACACCAACUAAACGCAUUCAAACAGCUAAUGUACAUAUUGAAAAGAUAACACCAUUAACAGAAGAGCUUUUAUCAAAUCUUGGUGCGUCAACAACACCGGCAACAUCAUCUAUUAGAAUGUUACGAAUUAAAAGUGCUAAAACUUAA